AGACUACAUUGGCCCCAGGCUACCUGUCCUAUGCCUAGCUCGUUUCUAUCCUCAUUUUCUUUCAUUUAUUCCCUCUUCUUCCAUAAACACCACAUCCAUUUGCUACGCCAACAAAGGAACCACUCUCUCUCUCUCUCUCUCUCUCUCUCUCUGGGUGUGUAUGUGUGUCGCCAUGGCCGACAACCAUCAAUUAUCAAACCUUGUAGGAGCGAUGGAUCGACUCUGGUUCCACUACAUCAUUCUUCUCCCAGAGCCCAUGUCCCUCAAACCCCAACCCACCAUGACCAGACCCAUCACAGAGAUUCCUCUGAAAUCAGUUUCAGUUUCAACUCCCCCAUCCACACCUCCUUCCGAGGAAGAAAUUUCAUCAAUCUCGUGCCCUGUCCCUCUCCAGGGUGAGUCCAGCAACAACGACUCUGAGACCAACGUUUAUACCAAGGAAAAACCCACAAGAUUGAAUUUUCUUGACAUAAGUAAACCCCGCUCUCAUUCAUCGUCUCCUUCGACGAAGAAACGCCGGAAACAUCAGAGAUACACAGGUGGUGAUCCGAGCAGGAGAAUACAGAAGACCAUGAGCUGCAAGAGCUUGUGGGAGCUGGAAUACGAAGAGGUGAAGGGGUUCAUGGAUCUUGGCUUCAGGUUCGAUAAGAUGUACUUGAGCCCACGAAUGAUGAGUGUCAUUCCUGGCCUACAGAGGCUUGGACAGUACCAGGAUGAUGAUGAUGAUGAUGCAGAAGAACAGGAAGACAGAUGUGACAUGAAGACAGGGAAGGAGGAAGACAAAGAUGAAGAAGUCGAAGAGGAGAAACAAGAGGAAAGAGUUGUCAUCAGGCCCUAUCUGUCUGAAGCCUGGUUGAUAAAGAGACCCGAUUCCCCACUCCUCAAUCUGAGGAUACCACGGGCCUCUGCCACUGCCGAUAUGAAGAAGCAUCUCCGGUCCUGGGCUAGAACCAUUGCGUAUGUGAUUCAACAAGAAUCCUGAACCUAUUUCUUAAUUCUUAUCUAACUAACACAAAGAAAGGAAGAGAAAGAGACGAUAGAGAUGACAGGAGAAGCCAACAAGAGCAGUAGAAGAGACAGAGAAAAACAGAGAUGACCCAUUUCAUAUAAAGUAGACAUUUUGUAUUCCACCACCGACAGUUGCAACUGUAAAAUCAGAAAAGUAAUGGGAAUAGAAAGAGUCAGUCCCUCGCGUGUGUGCGUGUGAGUAAAGUACUUCUCUAUCUCCGUUAAUGUUACUUAACCUUUUCCUCUAAGAGGAACGGAUGAAAAUUGCUUAUGUUCUUUAGGCCAUUGUUACAUGUAAAUACUAAAUACAUCUAUCACUUCUACGA